AUGCGUGAGAUUGUUCACUUGCAGACCGGCCAAUGUGGUAACCAAAUCGGUGCCGCCUUUUGGCAAAUCAUCUCAGGUGAACAUGGUCUCGAUGGCAAUGGAGUGUACAAUGGUACCUCCGAUCUUCAGCUGGAGCGUAUGAACGUCUACUUCAACGAGGCUUCCGGCAACAAAUAUGUCCCUCGUGCAGUCUUGGUCGAUCUCGAGCCUGGUACCAUGGACGCGGUCCGAGCUGGUCCUUUCGGUCAACUUUUCCGCCCAGAUAACUUUGUCUUCGGUCAGAGCGGAGCUGGAAACAACUGGGCCAAGGGACACUACACCGAGGGUGCUGAGCUGGUCGACCAAGUUCUCGAUGUUGUUCGACGUGAGGCCGAGAGCUGCGAUUGCCUUCAAGGUUUCCAGAUCACCCACUCUCUCGGUGGAGGUACUGGUGCUGGUAUGGGCACGUUGUUGAUCUCCAAGAUCCGCGAGGAAUUCCCUGACCGCAUGAUGGCUACCUUCUCCGUCGUUCCGUCUCCCAAGGUCUCCGACACCGUUGUCGAGCCGUACAAUGCCACCCUCUCCGUCCACCAGUUGGUUGAGAACUCUGACGAGACUUUCUGUAUUGACAACGAGGCUCUCUACGAUAUCUGCAUGCGCACCUUGAAGCUGGCCAACCCCUCGUACGGCGACCUCAACCACCUCGUCUCAGCAGUCAUGUCUGGUGUCACCACUUGCUUGCGUUUCCCCGGUCAAUUGAAUUCGGAUCUUCGAAAAUUGGCCGUCAACAUGGUUCCCUUCCCGCGUCUCCAUUUCUUCAUGGUCGGAUUCGCCCCUCUCACCAGCCGUGGUGCAUACUCAUUCCGCGCCAUCACGGUCCCAGAGCUUACGCAACAGAUGUUCGACCCUAAGAAUAUGAUGGCCGCGUCGGAUUUCCGCAACGGUCGUUACCUUACCUGCUCCGCCAUUUUCCGUGGAAAGGUCAGCAUGAAGGAGGUUGAGGAUCAAAUGCGCAACGUCCAGAACAAGAACAGCAGCUACUUCGUCGAGUGGAUCCCCAACAACGUUCAGACUGCUCUCUGCUCGAUUCCCCCGCGUGGCCUGAAGAUGUCUUCGACUUUCGUGGGCAACUCGACUUCCAUCCAGGAGCUGUUCAAGCGUGUCGGCGACCAGUUCACUGCCAUGUUCCGUCGCAAGGCUUUCUUGCAUUGGUACACUACCGAGGGUAUGGACGAGAUGGAGUUCACCGAGGCCGAGUCCAACAUGAACGAUCUUGUCUCGGAAUACCAGCAGUACCAGGAUGCCAGCAUCUCCGAGGGUGAAGAGGAGUAUGGUGAGGAAGAGGCCCCUCUUGAGGAGGAAAUGUAA